ACGCGCAGUCGCGAUUCGUGGACGUGCGUUCAUGCCAAGCGGUCGUCGUCGCUCCCCAAAAAUAUAUAAAGGCGAAAACUAUAAGAAACCGCGCGUGUGUUUUCAAUAUUAUCCCCAAUCUACCACCAAAAAAAAAUAUAUAAAGAAGUGCCAAAAAAUAUCAUGUUCUAACGGUUCUACCGAGUGUUUAUCAUCUUUUUUUGGUUGUGAAAAUGCUGGUGCAAAAUAUAUAAAUAAUUCGCUGUUAACCCACAUUGGAUUUUAUUAUUGUUUUUUUUUUUGUUCGUGUGGAGUGAAAGUGAAGCAGGCCGAAAAACAAGCAAAUAAAGACAUCGCAGGAACGUGCCCAGCCAAUUUGAAUAUAUCGUCUAUAGGGCACAUAACCGAGCGAUAUGAUGCGCAGGACUUUGGUGCUGGCAAUGCUGCUCUCGGUGCUGGCAACGCCCCAGGCAGCGAUCGACAAGGACGAGGGCAAAUUUCCGCCGGGCAGGCACAACCUGAGCUCCGGUUCGGACCAGCACAAUGUGAUUAACCUGAGUCUGCACGGGGUGCCCCAUGGUGACCCCAAACUGAGCUUCGACCUGUCGCGCACCCGCCGCCUGAGGGAAGCCCUCAACGUAUUCGAUCUCGCCGUCCUGGCCGCCCAAUGGGGCCAGGUGGAGAACUCCGGCGCAGUGUCCACCAACUGCAGCCGGGACAUGCGGAGCUACCUGGCGGGGCUCAGCGAUGCCAAGAUGUGGGCCGUCAAAAUGGACGAUGCUUCCGGUCACUAUACAUCCGGUUUCUUCUACGGCAACAACUACUGGAUGGGUUCGUUGGCCCUCUGCGAUGCCAUUGACGACGGCCAGAUCGCUGCUCCCGGCAAGGACAACAGCUCCUCCCCCGCCGCCCCAUCCUCGCCAGAAAGCGAGUCCAAGAACACCGGACUGCCCUUCGCCGCCGCUCACACCCAAGGAUACAGCAGCGUCUACAACGCGCCGCCGCCCUUCCUUCCCGGAUUCUACGUGAUCAAGAUGCAGCUCAACGAGACGCUGCCCACCCAAGUGCUGCGCACAAUCUACGUGGGUAUGUGCCUGCCCUCCAGCUGCUCCAUUGCGGACAUUGGCCAGAUGAGCACCAAGGCCCACGUGGAGCUCGCUUCGCGGGAUCUUCGCGUCCUGGACAUCCGCGUGCCCACCGACAAGGAGUUUAACAUCUGGGCGGAUAAGACCUUCUGCCUGCUGAUUGUGGUAUCCAGUAUUGUGCUGUGUUUGAUUUGCUGCGGCACGCUGUACGAGAUUUACCUGCGUGGCAAGCUGAAGGAGGCACUGCGUCGCCAGGACAAGGAGAUGAUGAACAACAGCGAGACGAGCUCGGGCAUUGGAUGUGCCUCUUCGGACUACAGCGAUACGAUGACCGCCCACGACGAUCCUCUGAAGCAAUCGACCCGCACCCACGAUCACGACCACGCCCACUCGCCGACGAGUUCGCUGAAGCAAUUGGAUGCCUUGGUGCUGAACCUGCCGCCCAACGAUAAUGACAGCGGCAAUGGACACCACGAUGCGGAUCACGAGCACGAUCAUCACCGGAGCGGGAGCAACAAUAGCAACUCGGAUGAGCACCUGGAGGGUCAUCUGCAUGAGCCGGAGAAGCUGAGCAUCUACUCGGAAUUGCUGCUCUCCUUUUCGGCGAUAACGAACUUCAAUGCCAUCUGCGAUCGGAAUGUCGGAGCCGAUACCAUUCCGUGCAUCCAUGGCCUGCGUGCAUUCAGUAUGGCCUGGGUCAUCCUGGGACACACCUGCAUUGUGGUCUUCAAGUACUCCGACAACAUGGAGAUGCGCAAGGAGGUGGAGCAGAACUUCUUCUUCCAGGCGAUCACCAAUGGCCCGUUCAGUGUGGACACGUUCUUCUUCAUCAGCGGCUUCCUGAUCUCGUACAUCUACUUCCGGACGAAUGCCAAGGGCAAGCUGAACAAGCUGAGCAAGGGCGCCAAUGAGUUCACCGCCGGAACGGCCCACUUCUUUGGACUGGUCGCCUAUCGGUUCAUGCGCCUCACCGCCCCCUAUCUGUUCGUGCUGGGCGUGGUCCAGGUGACCAUGAAGUACCUGGCCACCUACUCGAUCUUCGACCCGCCGACCAUGGAUCACAUCACCUGCCCGGAUUACUGGUGGCGCAACAUCCUCUACAUCAACACGCUGUUCCCCGUGGAUGAGAUGUGCAUGCUCUGGAGUUGGUAUUUGGCGAAUGACACGCAGUUCUACAUGAUCGGCGCCAUUAUACUGAUCGUGGGCGUGAGGCACUUCAAACUGUCGGCGAUAACGACGCUGGUGUUCCUGGUGCUCUCGUGGAUCACCACCGCGGUGAUUGCGUUCACCAACAAUCAUCGGCCGAACACGGACGAUCCGCUGGCCCUGUUCGACAAGAUCUACGACAAGCCAUGGACCCGCCUGGGUCCCUACCUAAUCGGCAUGGCCGUGGGCUGGAUCCUGUUCAGGACCAACUGCAAGAUCCGUCUGCCCAAACUGACGGUGGCCACCGCCUGGACCCUGGCCAUGCUCAACCUGUUCGUCCUGGUCUUCGGACUGUACAAGGCCGACCUGUCGCAGUUCACGGCCGCCGCCUACAGCUCGCUGAGUCACUCGGCCUGGGCGUUGUCCCUCGCCUGGAUCACCAUCGCCUGCUCCACGGGCUACGGCGGCUACAUCAACUCGCUGCUCUCGGCACCCUGCCUCUACCCCUUCUCCCGCGUCACCUACUGCGCCUACCUGGUCCACCCGAUCGUCAUCCGCUCCAUGGCGCUCAACUCGGACGCGCCGCUCCAUCUUGGAGGGGAUCUGAUGGUUGUCAUGUUCUUCGGUCUCACGGUGGCCUCCUACUUCCUGUCCUUCAUGGUGUCGAUGUCCUUCGAGGCGCCCGUCGUCACAAUGCUGAAGAUCUUGUCCCCUAGUCGAAAGAAACGACUCGCCUAAGUUCCGCGUCCCAGCUCCGCCCAUUUCCGAUUAUUUAUACCCCCCAUUUUGUCAUGUUAUCUAUUUCUUGUCUAUCAAGCAAAGCCCACAUAUUUAUAGCAUCGACUCAUCUGCACACACACGACUCCUUUCGAUCGGUUUCUAUAUACUCUUUUCACUCUGUGCACCACAUCUUCCACUUACAUGUGUUCCGCUUAAAAAAAAACUAUAAAGUUGGAAAAACGACGUGCAACGUGCAAAUCAAUUCAACCUAUAUUUUGUCAUCUUUUUGUUUUAUAAUGUGUACAUUUUAGUCCCUUAAUUUAUUCCAAAGGUUUGGAAAUUUUGCGCGUGACGAAGAGGAAGAGUUAUACAUAGUACUUAAUAGCUAUAAUUAUAUGAAACUCUAGUACCUAAUUUUAUGAAAUCAUGUUGUAUAUACUUAUAUAUACCUUUAAAUAAAAACUGCUACCAAAUACAA